AUGGUACCGAUGGCCAACGACGAGAAACCACAAUACGCCCGUCUCCUCACAGAAGACGAGGCCCAAGACGAGGAAUCAACGGUCCAAGACGCUGCGGCCCAUAAUGACCUAAAAUGGAGGCGGAGGUUCUAUAUUCUCCUCGUCAGCUCAGUUCUCGCCAUGGCUACCGUCAUCGGAGCAAGCAUAUACAAGAUCAAGACCACCGAAUCUACCUUUUCGUGUCCCAUCCUUCCCACAAACCACGGUGGUGUGGAUGUCCCAUAUUCCCCUGCCCCUGUGAAAUACGUCAACAAACUCCUCGUGGGCGACCCAGACACACCCAAGUUCAUGGGCGAGCCUCGGCCUGAAAUGGACGCGGCCUGGCAUGACUUGCUUGACGCCACGCUGAUCCGGUACACGGACGAAGAGCUGCUGCAAGCGAACAACGCGACGUCUGUACGGCAUGUUGAUGGCGGGUAUGUGGGCGGCCUUGGGAUUUCGCAUUCUUUGCAUUGUUUGAAACGUAUCAAGCAAUACCUACACCCAGACUAUUACUACAACCACGAAGAGCAAGACUGGAAAGAGCUCUACUCACACGUCGACCACUGCCUCGAGUCCCUGCGCCAGGAGAUCCUCUGCUCGGCGGACGUUAACGUCUACACGCUGAAGUGGACCCGUCACAGCCGGGUGAAGCCAACCGUCAAGGUACCACAACCACACGCGUGUGUUGACUGGCAGGCGUUGCACGGGUGGAUGAAAGGGAGGGCGGCGAAGUUGGAUGAUAUGGUGGGACCGCCGGAUAGCUUGUAUGAGGGGUUGUAA